AUGGUUUCGUUUAAAUUCCUCCUCCUUGCGACAGCAGCAGUCACUGCCGUGCUUGGUCGCCCCUUCGACUUCCUCGAUGAGCGAGACGACGGCAACUCGACUGAGAUCCUUGAGAGGCGCCAGGUCACGCCUAACUCGGAGGGCUACCACAACGGUUACUUCUACUCCUGGUGGUCUGAUGGAGGCGGCCGUGUUACAUACACCAUGGGUGAGGGUAGCCGAUACCAGGUGAGCUGGACCAACACCGGCAACUUUGUGGGUGGUAAGGGUUGGAACCCUGGCACUGGCCGAACCAUCAACUACGGUGGCGCUUUCAGCCCCAGCGGCAACGGUUAUCUGGCCGUUUAUGGCUGGACUCGCAACCCGCUGGUUGAGUACUACGUAGUCGACUCUUAUGGCACAUACAAUCCCGGCAGUGGAGGUCAGUACAAGGGCACCGUCACAACUGACGGCGGAACCUACAACAUCUACGUCUCUACUCGCGUCAACCAACCCUCUAUCGACGGCACAAGAACCUUCCAGCAGUACUGGUCUGUGCGCACCUCUAAGCGCGUCGGAGGCUCUAUCAACAUGCAGGCUCACUUUAACGCCUGGGCUAGCUAUGGAUUGAACCUUGGCUCGCACUACUACCAGAUUGUGGCCACUGAGGGUUACCAGAGCAGCGGAUCUUCUGACAUCUACGUUCAAACUAAGUGGUAUGUUUAG